GCGUUUCCCCACUGUUCUCCUUCCUCAGAGUGCGCCAACCUGGAUACGAUAGAGGCCUUCCCCCUCCUAUCGCUCCUGGUAGCGUUGGGUCAGUCCGAGGGGCGGCCCCUCGCGGCCCCCAGUCCGUACUGAGCAGGAUGGCGGGCGGCGUGCAGGAGUACCUCCAGCAGCUGCACGGCUGUCUGCAGCCUGGCGAUGCCAUGCGCGGCUAUGGGCUGCUGCGCGGCCUUGGAGAGGCCUGCCUCACCUGCUCGGCCGGCGGCGCGCUGGCGCUGCACGUCUCCCUGGUGUUCGCCCCGGAGCGCGGCCUGCUGGCUUUCGUCUGCCGCUCGCUCGGCGUGGAGGAGUUUCGAGAAUGCAGAGAAGAAGCGCUGAAGUUUCUCUGCGUCUUUUUGGAAAAGAUUGGAGAGAGUGUUCAUCCUUACGCCUGCAGCCUUAAGCAAACUUGCAUUAGUGUUUAUACAAAAGAGAGAGCAGCAAAAUGUAGAAUUCCAGCUCUGGAACUUCUGAUUAAGUUGCUCCAAAGCUUACGACGUUCCUGCCUGAUGGAAGAGAUGAAAGUUGGGGAAAUCUUUAAUAAAUUUUAUGGGGAGCUUGCUAUAAGAAGUAAAGUUUCUGAUACAGUACUGGAGAAGAUCUAUGAGCUUUUGGGAGUUUUGGGAGAAGUCCAUCCUACUGACAUGAUUAACAACUCUGAAAAACUAUUCCGAGCGUAUUUGGGAGAGCUUAAAACACAGAUGACAUCAGCUACGAGGGUCCCCAAGCUACCUGUUGUAGCAGGAUGCCUACGGGGACUGACUGCACUCAUGUACAACUUUACCAAGUCUGUGGAUGAAGAUGCUCAAACUUCAAAGGAGAUCUUUGAUUUUGCAGUGAAGGCUAUCAGGCCACAGGUCGAUCAGAAGCGAUAUGCAGUACAUCUAGCUGGUUUACAGUUGUUCAGCUGGCAUGCUGCUCAGUUUGGUACCCUGCUCUUGGACAGCUAUGUCAUGCUCUUUGAAACAAUGUGUAGAUGGUGUGGCCACACAAAUCAAGAGCUGAAGAAAGCUGGUCAUAAUGCACUGGAUUCAUUCCUCAAGCAGAUGUCUUUAAUGGUGGCGAAGGAUGCAGAGCUACACAGGAGCAAAUUGAAGUUCUUCAUGGAGCAGUUCUACGGGAUCAUCAGAAGAAUGGAUUCGAGCAACAAGGAGCUGUCCAUUGCUAUCCGUGGAUAUGGGCUGUUUGCAGCACCCUGCAAAGCUGUACAUCCUACGGAUGUUGACGCCAUGUACGUUGAGCUCCUGCAGCGCUGUAAGCAAAUGUACCUGACGGAGGCAGAGACAGUGGAUGACCACCUGUAUCAGCUUCCAAGUUUCCUCCAGUCCAUCGCAAGUGUGAUACUCCAUUUAGACACAAUUCCAGAAGUGUACACUCCAGUUCUUGAACAUCUAGUUGUGCUACAAAUCAAUAGCUUUCCACAAUACAGUGAAAAAAUGCAGUUAGUCUGUUGCAGAUCUAUAAUAAAAGUGUUUCUAGCUCUCUCAAUAAAAGGUCCUGUUCUCUGGAGUUUUAUUGGCACUGUUGUGCAUCAGGGAUUAAUCAGAGUAUUCUCCAAGCCAAUGACAUUUUCAAAGGAUGUUUUCAGAAAAGAAACUUCUGGAUCAGAAGACUUCCCAGAAGCUGGAGAGGUUGAGACACCAAAAUGGAAAGUACCAACCUAUAAGGACUAUCUGUAUCUCUUCAGAAGUUUACUGAGUUGUGAUAUGAUGAAGGAAUCCAUUUUUGAAGAAGAAAACUUUCUUACUGGAAAUUCACCACUGCAGUCUCUGAAUCGGUUGCUGUAUGAUGAACUCAUCAAAUCUAUUUUGAAGAUUAUUGAGAAGUUGGAUCUGACUGUUCAGAAACUGAAUGUCCAUGAGCAGGAUGAAAAUGAAACUGACAAUGUUUUUAUUGAGCCUACUUCUGACCCUGCUUCAAACCUUCAGCCAAAGAAGCCUACGGACUUUAUUGCCUUUAUAAACUUGGUAGAAUUCUGCAGAGACAUACUUCCAGAUAAACAUGUUGAAUACUUUCAGCCUUGGGUGUAUUCCUUUGGUUACGAGCUUAUUAUACAUUCAACGAGACUACCUCUUAUCAGUGGAUUCUACAAGCUGCUUUCUGUUACAAUGAAGAUUGCCAAGAGAAUAAAAUACUUUGAGGGUGUCAGUCCAAAGAGUCUCAGAAAAGCUGCUGAAGACCCUGAAAAGAGUUCUUGCUUUGCCCUGUUUGCAAAGUUUGGAAAAGAGGUUACAGCAAAAAUGAAACAGUAUAAAGAUGAGUUGCUGGCAUCCUGUCUAAAUUUUUUACUCUCUUUACCCCAUGACAUCAUCAUGCUUGAUAUCAAAGCAUAUAUUCCUGCACUGCAGAAUGCAUUUAAGCUGGGCCUUAGCUGUACACCGAUGGCUGAUCUGGGACUGGAUGCUUUGGAAGAUUGGUCAGCUCACAUCCCCAGGCAUAUCAUGCAACCUUAUUACAAGGAUGUGCUACCUCUUCUUGAUGGUUAUUUGAAAAACUCUGCAACUGCAGUUGAACCCCAAAAUAACUGGGAAGUAAGGAAGCUUUCCCGAGCAGCCCAGAAAGGAUUUAACAAAAUUGUGAUACAGCGUUUAAGAAAAGCAAAAACUUCUUCAUUGGAUGACAAUCCCUCCUUGGAAGCAGUAAGAACUAGAGUGGCUCGCCUUCUUGGCUCUUUAGGAGGGCAGAUCAACCACAACUUAAUUACGGCCACCUCUGCAGAAGAAAUGAUGAAGAAAUGUGUGUCCUGGGACACCGAGAACCGCCUGAGCUUUGCUGUGCCAUUUGCAGACAUGAAGCCUGUCAUCUACUUGGAUGUGUUUCUGCCUCGUGUGACUGACCUGGCUCUUUCUGCAAGUGACAGACAAACAAAGGUUGCAGCAUGUGAACUGCUACAUAGCAUUGUUGCAUAUAUGCUGGGGAAAGCAUCUCAGAUGCCAGAAAGACAACGGGGUCCACCACCCAUGUAUCAGUUAUACAAACGAAUAUUUCCAGUACUGCUUCGUCUUGCCUGUGAUGUAGACCAGGUAACGAGACAGUUGUAUGAGCCUUUAGUCAUGCAGCUCAUUCACUGGUUUACAAACAACAAGAAAUUUGAAAGUGAAGAUACAGUGACAUUUCUGGAAGCUAUCUUGAGUGGCAUAGUGGAUCCAGUUGACAGCACUCUGAGAGAUUUCUGUGGUCAGUGUGUACGAGAAUUUUUGAAGUGGUCUAUUAAGCAGACAACACCGAGACAGCAGGAGAAAAGCCCAGCAAACACCAAGUCUCUUUUUAAAAGAUUAUAUAGUCUUGCUCUUCAUCCCAGUGCUUUCAAGAGACUUGGUGCAGCGCUGGCUUUUAACAGCAUCUACAGAGAAUUUAGGGAAGAGAAUUCUCUAGUGGAACAGUUCGUGUUUGAAGCAUUGGUGGUAUUUCUGGAAAGUCUGGCUUUAACCCAUACAGAUGAGAAAUCAUUGGGUACCACCCAACAAUGUUGUGAUGCUAUUAAUCACCUGAAGCGCAUAAUCAAGCAUAAAGCACCUGCUCUGAACAAGGAAGGAAAACGGCGGGUGCCACGGGGAUUUCCAGCUACUAAGUCAGUGUGCCUUCAAGAUGUUGUCAUGUGGCUCUUAGUGCAAUGUGGACGACCUCAGACAGAGUGUCGACAUAAAGCCAUGGAGCUCUUUUAUGAAUUUGUUCCUUUAUUACCAGGAAACAAUUCUCCAUCUUCUUGGCUGGCUGAUGUUUUAAAAAAGGAAGACGUUUCUUUCCUUAUUAACAAAUUUGAAGGAGGUGGCAGUGAUGCCAAAAGCCCAUCUGGGAUUCUUUCUCAGCCAACACUCCGUAAUAUGCAGGAGCCCUUUAGUUUACCGACUGUCAUGCGGUGGAUGGACAUGUUCUUAGCAGCACUGGACUGCUACAAUACUUUCUUUGAGCUGCGAAUGAUCAAGCCUCAUGAAAUACUGGGUGUAAAUGACAGGUCCUCAUUCUUGGAAGCAGUGGAUUUCUUCCUUGAAACUAUUGCCUUGCAUGAUAUUCAUGCAGCAGAGCGGUGCUUUGAUUGCAGAUCGAGAGGCAACAUAUUCAGUCCUCAAGAGAAAGAAGUGUAUAAUUACAGUAAGUGUACAAUUAUCGUGCGAAUCAUGGAGUUUGUCACCAUGAUCCUGGAAACAUGCCAGCAGGAUUUCUGGAAGCUACUUGAGAAGGAGUUGCUUAAUGCAAACUUUGUAAAGCUUCUGGUGAUGACAGUGUGUGAUCCAUCACAUAUAGGAUUUAAUACAGCUGAUGUACAAGUCAUGAAAAAUCUCCCAGAUAUAUCAGUGAGACUCUUGAAAGCUUUGAUGAAAUCUCCCUAUAAAGAAAAUUUGCAAUUAUGUUUAAGAAAAAGAAUCACCCCACAGAGCUUUGAGGACCUUUUUUCUGUUGAUCUGUUUAAUUCAGAUGAGCGUUUUGAUGAAGUUAAGUUUAGUGCUGUUCUUUCUGCCUGCAAGCAACUCCAGAAAUCUGGUCUGCUUCAUUCUGUUCUUCACAAUCAGGGUGAAAGGCCUCAUCCCUCAAUUGCCUCUAAGCUUCUUUCAGUUGUUUAUAAAGGCAUUGCACCUGGGAGUGAAAGGAGCUCUCUUCCAGCAGUAGACAUCAGCAGUAAGCGAUUAGCUGAUAGACUCCUGCAGCUUGCCUUUGCCAUUGAUGAUCAGUGUGAGGAACUAGUAAGUCUGCUGUUGAACUCGGUGGUGUUAUCUGUGCCAUUAUCUGAAGCCUCAGAGAGAAACUUUGUCAAUUUUUCUCAUGGACAGUAUUUCUACAGCCUGUUCUCAGACACCAUUAAUCAGCAGCUGCUAAAAAAUCUGGAUGUGGUAGUAAUCCAGCUUAUGGAAUCAUCUGUCAGCAAUCCCCAAAUGGUUGGAAGCAUUUUGAAUGGCAUGUUAGAUCAGAGUUUUAGGGAGCGUACCAUACGCAAGCAGCAAGGAGUAAAACUGGUCACAGCAGUACUGAGAAACUGGAAGAGGCUUGACAGUUGGUGGGCCAAAGGUGCAUCUCCUGAGAGCAAAAUGGCAGUCUUGACUCUGCUGGCAAAAGUUCUCCAGAUAGACUCUUCAGUUUCUUUCAAUACCAGUCAUGAAGCAUUUACAGCUGUUUUUGAUACCUAUACCAGUCUACUUACUGAUCAGAAUUUAGGCUUAAAUCUGAAGGGUCAGGCAGUGAUAAUUCUUCCAUUCUUCACUAAUUUGACUGGAGAAAAACUUAAUGAACUUAAGAAUGCUCUUGAUCAACUUGUAGCUUUCAAUUUUCCCAUGAGUUCAGAUGAGUUUCCGAAAGGAACCUUGAAGCACAAUAACUAUGUGGACUGCACUAAGAAGUUUUUAGAUGCUUUAGAGUUGUCUCAGAGUCCAGUGUUGUUGCAGCUGAUGACAGAAGUCCUCUGUAGGGACCAUAGACAUUCUAUGGAGGACUUAUUUCAAGCCAGCUUCAAAAGAAUUUCCAAAAGGAGCAGCACUGACAAACAAGUAGUACUGCUGGACACUGUUCACAAGAUGUUCCAGAAUGAAGACCUUCUUUCAAAUACUGUCCGUCAAGCUUUUGUGGAUCGCUCUCUCCUCACUCUCAUGUCACACUGCAGCUUGGAUGCUCUGAGAGAGUUUUUUUGCAAGAUUAUAGUGCAGGCUAUGGAUACACUUAAUUCCAGGUUUACAAAGUCCAAUGAAUGUGUUUUUGAUACACAAAUCACCAAGAAAAUGGGUUAUUACAAGCUGCUGGAAGUGAUGUAUAUACGUCUUUCAAAAGAGGACGUUCACUCCAAGGACUCUAAAAUUAACCAAGCUUACCGUGGCUCUGUAAGUGUAGAAGGAAAUGAACUUACCAAGGCACUAAUAAAGUUGUGCUAUGACGCAUUUACAGAAAACAUGGCAGGGGAGAGUCAGCUGCUGGAGAAGAGGAGGCAGUAUCACUGUGCAGCAUAUAAUUGUGCUAUUGCUGUUAUUAGUUGUGUCUUCACUGAAAGUAAAUUUUAUCAAGGCUUUCUCUUUACAGAAAAAUCAGAAAAGAACUUGCUGAUUUUUGAAAACUUGAUAGACUUGAAGCGCCAGUACAUGUUUCCUGUAGAAAUUGAGGUUCCCCUGGAAAGGAAGAAAAGAUACAUUGCUAUUAGAAAAGAAGCCAGAGAGGCAUGGAAUGAUGGUCAGGAUGAACCCAAGUAUUUAGCUUCUGCAUCAUACAUGAUGGAUAGCAGUUUGAGUGAGGAAAUGAGUCAGUUUGAUUUUUCUACUGGAGUCCAAGGUUUUUCUUAUAGCUCCCAGGAUGUUACAGCUGGCAGUGCUCACUUCAGGAGAAAGGAGAUGUCAGAAUACAUGGUUUUGAAUGAUGAGUUGGAACUGGAGAUGGAUGAACUUAACCAACAUGAAUGCAUGGCACCAAUGACCACUCUGAUUAAGCAUAUGCAGAGGAACCAGAUCACACCCAAAGUGGAAGAGGGCACGGUUCCUGUAGACCUUCCUCUUUGGAUGAAAUUUCUGCAUAGUAAGUUAGGAAAUCCAUCAGUGCCAUUAAAUAUUCGCCUCUUCAUAGCAAAACUUAUUGUUAAUACCGAGGAUGUUUUCCGACCCUAUGCAAAGCAAUGGCUUGGUCCAAUGCUGCAGCUUGUUGUUUCUGGCAAUAAUGGAGGUGAAGGGAUUCAUUAUAUGGUAGUGGAAAUAGCAGUUACCAUUCUUUCCUGGACGAGUGUAACUACUCCCAAAGGAAAUAUUAAGGAUGAGAUUUUGGCUAACAGAUUGCUUGAAUUCUUGAUGAAGAAUGCCUUUCAUCAGAAACGAGCUGUGUUCAGACACAAUCUGGAAAUCAUAAAGACAGUUAUAGAGUGUUGGAAGAACUGUCUCUCCAUACCUUACAGCUUAAUAUUUGAAAAGUUUUCUAGUGGAGAUCCUGAUACAAAGGACAACUCAGUGGGAAUUCAGCUGCUGGGAAUUGUUCUAGCUAACAAUUUACCUCCCUAUGACCUGAAGUGUGAAAUAGAUCGCGUCAGGUAUUUUCAGGCUCUGAUCAGUAACAUGGGUUUAUUAAGGUAUAAAGAAGUUUAUGCAGCUGCUGCAGAAGUGUUGGGACUUGCUCUUCAGUAUAUAGCUGAGAGACAAAACAUACUUGAAGAUCCAGUUUAUGAUUGUGUCAUAAAACAAUUAAAACAACAUCAGAACACCCAACAGGAUAAGUUUAUAAUAUGCUUGAAUAAAGUUGUUAAGAAUUUUCCUCCUCUUGCUGACAGGUUUAUGAAUGCAGUAUUCUUUCUAUUACCAAAACUUCAUGGUGUGAUGAAAAACUACUGUUUGGAAGUAAUUAUGUGCCGAGCAGAGGAAAUACCUGACCUCUAUCUGCAGUUAAAGAGUAAAGACUUCAUCCAGAUCAUGAAACACAGGGAUGAUGAAAGGCAAAGGGUUUGUUUGGAUAUAAUAUACAAGAUGCUGUCUACACUGAAACCACAAGAACUUAAAGAACUUCUUCCUGGAGUGACAGGGUUCAUUUCUCACCCUUCUGUAAUAUGUCGACAGCGCAUGUAUGAUAUUCUGAUGUGGAUUUAUGAUAAUUACAGCGAUCCAGAAAGCCAAGCAGAUGACGAUUCUCAGGAAGUGCACAGACUGGCAAAAGAAAUCCUGCUUCAGGGAUUGAUUGAUGAGAAUGCUGAACUGCAAUUAAUUGUUAGGAAUUUUUGGAGUGAUGAGACAAGAUUACCUGCAAAUAUUCUUGAUCGUAUGCUGAUGUUGUUAAGCUCUUUAUAUUCUGCCAAGAUUGAAACGCAGUACUUGAGUCUGAUCACAAAUUUUCUGCUUGAAAUGACCAGCAAAAGCCCAGAUUAUUCCAGAAAAAUAUUUGAGCACCCACUAUCUGAAUGCAAAUUUCAGGACUUUGUAAUUGAUUCCAGUUGGCGUUAUCGAAGUACCAUGCUCACACCUAUGUUUGUGGAGACUCAGGCUUCACAGAGUACUAACAGGAAUUCAUCACAAGAAAGAUCCCUUUCCGUUUCUGGGUCAGUAGGUGGUCAAGUGAGAGCUACCCAAAGGCAAUAUGAAUUUACACCUACACAGAAUGUCAGCGGUAGAAGUUCUUUUAAUUGGCUAACUGGAAACAGCAUUGACACUUUGGCAGAGUAUACAGUUCCUUCUUCCUCUGAGUCUUUGUCUUCAUCCAUGCUGUUAGUUAACAAACGGAGUGAAAAAUUUAAACAAGCAGCAUUUAAACCUGUGGGGCCAGAUUUUGGGAAAAAAAGGCUGAGUUUACCUGGAAAUGAAGUGGACAGCAAGACUAAAGGUAUAGAUGAUCGAGCAGAAAUUUUAAGACUGCGGAGGCGUUUCUUGAAGGACCAAGAGAAAGUCAGUCUGAUGUAUGCUAGAAAAGGUGUGGCUGAACAGAAAAGAGAAAAGGAGAUGAAAUCUGAGCUGAAGAUGAAGUUUGAUGGCCAGGUUACUUUGUACAGAAGUUACCGUGUGGGAGACCUUCCUGACAUCCAGAUUGAACACUCCAGCCUCAUUGCCCCUCUACAGGGCCUUGCCCAGAAAGAUCCAACAUUUGCCAAGCAACUCUUCAGCAGUUUGUUUGGGGGAAUUUUUCAUGAGGUAGAAAAAUCUAAAAUUCUCUCUGAGAAAAAAGUCAUCAUCCAGAAGCUGCUGAAGGACUUCAAUAAUUUCCUUAGUACAAGCCUUUCUUACUUCCCACCAUUCAUCGCGUGCAUCCAGGAGAUCAGUUACAAGCACAGAGAGCUGCUGGAGCUGGAUUCAGCUAACGUGAGCACGAGCUGCCUUGCAAGCCUACAGCAGCCUGUAGGCAUCCUUCUUCUGGAGCACGCCCUGAUGGCACUGUCUCCUGCAGAGGAGCCCCCGUCAAAGCGGAUGCGUGGCAGGACGGAGCUCCCUCCAGAUGUCAUCAAAUGGCUUGAGCUUGCAAAGCUUUACCGGUCUCUGGGAGAUUAUGAUGUCCUUCGUGGUAUUUUCAGUGGUAAGAUUGGGACUAAGAAAAUUACACAGCAAGCAUUGCUGGCAGAAGCAAGGAGUGAUUAUGCUGAAGCAGCUAAAUGUUAUGACGAGGCACUUUCCAAAGAAGACUGGGAAGAUGGGGACCCAACUGAAGCAGAGAAAGACUUCUGGGAACUUGCAUCUCUGGAAUGCUAUGACCACCUCACAGAGUGGAAGUCUCUGGAGUAUUGUGCUACUGUUAAUAUUGACAGUGGUAAACCUCCAGACUUGAGCAAAACAUGGAAUGAUCCAUUUUAUCAGGAGACAUAUCUGCCCUAUAUAAUACGCAGUAAGUUGAAGCUACUGCUCAAUGGGGAAAAUGACCAGACUUUGCUGACUUUCAUUGAUGAGGCAAUGAAGACAGAACAGAAGAAAGCUCUGAUAGAAAUGCAUUACAGCCAAGAACUUAGUCUACUUUACAUCCUGCAAGAUGAUUUUGACAGAGCCAAAUAUUACAUUGGCAACGGCAUGCAGAUCUUCAUGCAGAGCUAUUCCAGUAUUGAUACUUUGUUAUACCAAAGUCGAAUGAGCAAACUGCAGUCUGUACAAGCUUUGACAGAAAUACAGGAUUUCAUCAAUUUUAUGACCAAAACAAGUAACUUAACUUCACGGGCUAAAUCCCUGAAGAGACUUCUCAGAACUUGGACAAGCAGAUAUCCAGAUGCUAAAAUGGAUCCCAUGAACAUCUGGGAUGAUAUCAUUACAAAUCGGUGCUUCUUUCUUGAUAAGCUGCAAGAGAAAUUUCUCUGUGAUCAGGCCAAUGAUAGUAUGGAGGUGGAUGAAGAAAGUGGUGUUGGAGACCAAAUGGAAGUAGAUCAACAGGAUGAAGACAUUCACUCAAUGAUUAGAAGCUGCAAAUUUAACAUGAAACUGAAGAUGAUAGAAAGUGCCAGGAAACAGAACAGCUUCUCCGUUGCCAAGAAGCUUCUGAAGGACCUGCGCAGAGAGGCCAGAACGAGGGAGGACUGGCUGGUGAGGUGGAACUGUGCCUACUGCCGCUUCGUGCAUAGCUGCAGCCAGAGCCAGAGUUGUCCUGAACGAGUGCUUUCUGUGUUAAAAACCAUCUCCCUACUCGAAGAUACCAAGUCAGACUACCUUAAUGAGAACAUAAUGGCCUUCCGAAACCAGAAUCUUCUGCUGGGUACUACGUACCACAUCAUGGCCAACACUCUUAGUCAGGAUCCAAAAUGCUUUGAGCAAAUAGAGGAAAAAAAAGCUGGGAAAAUAUUGGAACUGUCGGGAGAAAGUUCUGAGAGUCCUGCAAAGAUAUUAGCAGGUCUGAACAAGAGAGCUUUUCAGUGUUUCAGCAGCGCUGCAAGGAAGUCUGAAGAAGAAGUGCAGUCCCUCUCCAUGGAACACGUUGACGUGAAGGGAGUUAUUGAUGCAUAUAUGACUUUGGUUGGUUUCUGUGACCAGCAUCUGCGCAAGGAAGAAGAAGGCUCACUUGAAAUUAACAGUGCAGAUCUGCAGCUAUUCCCAGCUAUUGUGGUGGAGAAAAUGAUAAAAGCUUUGAAACUGAACUCCAGAGAAGCCAGGCUGAGGUUUCCUCGACUGCUACAAAUAAUUGAAAGAUAUCCAGCAGAGACACUGGGUCUGGUGACACGAGAGCUUUCUUCAGUUCCCUGCUGGCAGUUCAUCGGUUGGAUUAGCCAGAUGAUGGCACUCCUUGACAAGGAUGAAGCAGUGGCUGUGCAGCACACUGUUGAAGAGAUCGCAGAUACCUACCCGCAGGCAAUCAUCUACCCGUUCAUGAUCAGCAGUGAGAGUUUCUGCUUCAAAGAUACCGCAGCAGGCUGUAAGAACAAGGACUUCGUAGCAAGCAUCAAGAACAAGUUGGACAGAGGAGGAGUAGUUCAAGAUUUUAUUCACUCCCUGGAACAGCUCUCUAAUCCUGUAAUGCUUUUUAAGGACUGGGUUGAGGAUGUCAGAAAUGAACUUGUAAAAACUCAGAGGAAUAAAAGUAAACUUAAGGAAAUGUAUGAAGGAAUGUACAAGAAUUUGGGAGAUGUGAAGACUCCUGGCCUUGGAUGGCUGAGGAAACAGUUUGUUCAGGCUUUUGGGAAGGAUUUUGACAGUCAUUUUGGAAAAGGCGGUUCAAAGCUGUUGAAUAUGAAGGCCAGUGAUUUUAAUGAGAUCACAACAUCUCUUCUCACAAAAAUGAACAAAACCCAUAAAGAACCUGCAAACCUGAAAGAGUGUUCACCAUGGAUGAGUGAAUUCAGAGCUGAGUUCUUGAGGAAUGAGCUGGAGGUCCCUGGUCAGUACGAUGGGAAGGGAAAACCUCUGCCAGAGUACCAUGUGAAGAUCUCUGGGUUUGAUGAACGGAUAAUGGUGUUGGAAUCCUUGAGGAAACCCAAGCGCAUAACAAUCCGAGGCAGCGAUGAGCAGGAGCAUCCUUUUCUUGUCAAAGGUGGAGAAGACCUGCGACAAGACCAACGCGUUGAGCAGCUGUUUGAUGUAAUGAACAUCGUCCUUUCCCGAGAUGCUGCCUGCAGCCAAAGGAAUAUGCAGUUGAAAACUUACCAGGUCAUCCCCAUGACCACAAGGCUGGGACUCAUCAAGUGGCUGGAAAAUACCUGUACUUUGAAAGAAUUCCUGAGGAACAGCAUGACUGAAGAGGAAUACACCAACUAUAACAGCCGAAAAGGACCUCGUGCUGCCUAUAAUGACUGGCUGUCCAAAAUGGGUGGGAAGGCACAAGGCUUAUCUCGAUACUCUGCUAUGUACAAAAAUGCAAGCCGCACAGAAACAGUUACUGCCUUCAAGAGCAGGGAGAACAGUGUUCCAGAAGAUGUGCUGCGGAGAGCCUUUGUGAAGAUGAGCACAUCUCCUGAAGCUUUCCUGGCUCUGCGGUCCCACUUUGCCAGCUCGCACGCACUGAUGUGCAUCAGUCACUGGAUACUCGGAAUUGGAGACAGGCACCUGUCCAACUUCAUGAUUAACAAGGAGACGGGUGGCAUGGUGGGAAUAGACUUUGGGCACGCGUUUGGCUCAGCCACGCAGUUUCUGCCCGUGCCGGAGCUGAUGCCUUUCCGCCUGACGCGCCAGUUUGUGAAUCUGAUGAUGCCAGUGAAGGAGUGGGGCCUCAUUUACGGUGUGAUGGUGCAUGCCCUGAGAGCAUACCGUGCAGAUCCCGAUCUCCUCAUCAGCACAAUGGAUGUGUUUGUAAAAGAGCCUUCCCUGGACUGGAAGAACUUUGAACAAAGGCAGCUGAAAAAAGGAGGCACAUGGAUUAAGGAGAUAAACACCGCUGAAGUAAACUGGUACCCUUUGCAAAAAAUCAGCUAUGUCAAAAGGAAACUUACGGGUGCCAAUCCUGCACGAAUCACUUGUGAUGAGCUGCACCUGGGCUAUGAGAAGUCACCUUUUUACAAUGACUUUGCAGCUGUUGCUCGUGGCAGCACUGACCAUAAUAUCAGAGCCAAAGAGCCAGAGGAUGGACUGUCUGAGGAGAGCCAGGUGCGGUGCCUGAUAGACCAAGCGACGGACCCCAAUGUCCUCGGCAGGGUGUGGGAAGGAUGGGAACCUUGGAUGUGAGGCUGCUCUUGAAAGUCCACUCUGAUGAGGGGAGGAACCCUCACACACAGCUGCAGCCAGUCCGAAUUUUAAGGCCAAGGAGCGAAAAGCCAUUUUUAUCAUCGUCAGUUAACUUGACUAAUGCAGGAAAUGUUCUUGUACUCAAACAGUGAUUUGUUUACAUGGUUCUGUAACCAAACAGCUGUAUUGGCCUCAUGUUAACAUCAGUGUGGGAAAAACUGGUGAGGCUUCAGAGCUUGAGGGGCAGUCUGGAAGGUGCUCCAGGCAUGCAGACCAGAGCAGGAAUUCACACCCUCUACAUUUGCAGCCAUCCUUUCAGUGAAAGUGCGUGCUUUGUUUGUUUUUGUUUUCCUUCCCAAAGAUCUUGCUGGAAACCAUUCUGCAGACACAUUAUUUGUAAUUAAAAUGGGGAAGUUUUUCUGUCAAUAGAAACUGUAAAGCACGUAGUAUAACUAACCAGAAAAUAUCUUUUAAUACUAGAGAACACCUGAAGUAUCUGGAUGGCUGUUUCAUUUCUGGGUGAUGAGAAAGCAGUGAUAGCACCAGUUUGUUACAGCAGUUUGGUUUUUAACAUUUAGACAUUUUGGCCUGUGACCUCUGUACUUUAUAGAGGUCUGCAGUCCUCAUUUUUUUAUUAAUGCCAAAUUAACUUUGGAAAGCCAAAGCCAAAAGGAGGCACUGACAGCGCAGCAGAGAACUGCUGCCCAGCGAAGUAAUAGCUGUUGCACUUUGGUAUUUGCGUGUGACAAAGCUGAGGAACUGUGUGAGGUUUGGCUCUUCUUGUUGGCUGCUCUCGGUAACCUUGGUGGCAGGUACAGCACAGGUGACGAGGGGGCAAGAUAGUUCUCUUAAAACAUUGUGGUUAUUUGUUACCCAGAGUUCAGCGCAGAAGAUAACUUCCAUUGAUGUUUUUAAUAAUUAUCAUAAAAGAUGUAAUAAAAGUGAGUCUUUGCCCUUUCA